CCAAUUUGACCUCAUUGCCCCAAGUUAGCCCUGUUGUCUUAGUGGUAUUUCUGAAAAAGCAAUUAACACUGUGGUGGUUAGCUCUUGUGUCUUGUCUUCCUCGAGCUAAACCCUGUGCUCCUCCAGGGCAGGCACUGUGCUGUGCUCAUUUUGUACCCCAAUCACCCAGGGGCGUUGGCAUGUAGUAAUCACUCAAAUGUCUUGAUGCCUGUGAUAAGCAACUGGACUUUGUUCUUUCCUGACCAUUGGCUCCUGUGACUCCUCCUUCUGGCUACUACUGUCACCCCCCAGAUCUCCUCUAGGGAAGCCGGAAGGGAUACAGCGAUGGCCAAGGAUAUCCUGGGUGAAGCAGGGCUGCAUUUUGACGAGCUGAACAAACUGCGAGUAUUGGACCCUGAGGUUACCCAGCAGACCACAGAGCUCAAGGAAGAGUGCAAGGACUUUGUGGACAAAAUUGGCCAGUUUCAGAAAAUAGUUGGCGGUUUAAUAGAGCUUGUCGACCAACUUGCCAAAGAAGCAGAAAACGAAAAGAUGAAGGCUAUUGGUGCUCGGAAUUUGCUCAAAUCUAUAGCAAAGCAGAGAGAAGCCCAACAGCAGCAACUCCAAGCACUAAUAGCUGAAAAGAAGAUGCAGCUCGAAAGGUAUCGGGUUGAAUAUGAAGCAUUGUGUAAAGUAGAAGCAGAACAAAAUGAAUUUAUUGACCAGUUUAUUUUUCAGAAAUGAGCUGAAAAUUUCAUUUUGUAGGUGGGCAGACCAAAAAUGCAAACUCAAACAGCUCUGUAUCAUUCCAAUGACUUGACUAAAGGCCUUUGUGUUCUGUGAGAUGGUGUAAGGAAUGCAGCAUCUCCAAAGGUGAUAAGGUCAAGUCAGGGGACUUCAUCUGAUUGUUAGCGGGCUUUCUCGCACCUUCCCAGGCUCACCUAGUCUCAGCCAGGCUCUACAUUCCUCAUCUGAACAGACUGUAACCUUAAUCUUUUCUUU